CGCGCGUGCGUCAUUCGCGCGCUGCGCGAGGAGAAAAGAAUCGCGCCGGCGCUGAUCGCGGAAAGGCGGUCGCGCGUGGUCGUCGGCCGCCGAGCGGUGCGGGAUGGGACAGCGGCGAGGAAAAAGGAGGGUAUGGUCAUUGGAAAAGGGGUUGGGUCAACAGCUGGAGUCGAGUGUUUGGUCGGCGAAGAGUCUGGGAGGCGAUUAGGGUUUCAAGGUUUUGAACAAAACAUCUUAGCGCGUAGUCAUGGGGCUCUCACUUCACUCUCAGGAGAGCAAGGAUGGCAGGGAGACGAGCGCAAGUCGCCAGGUGCUCCGCAGGCCGCAGUGGCGUCGAGGAUUCUGUGGCCGGCGGCACCUGCUGCUGGUAGGAGUAAGGGUAUACUUGGCAUUUACAAUGUCCAGCAGCUAAUUUGUGAAAAGUAAUCAUGGCGGCGGAGGCAGCGACCGCUGGCGACCGCCGCAGGAGGAGCCGCGCUCCAGCGGGUGGCACCGCUGCCGGAAACGAUGAUGGCGAGGAGCAGCAUCUCAACCCCUUCCUCGACGCAGCUCCAUCCGCCUCCUCGAGGGUCCAGUUCAGUGUGGCCCCCCGCUCGAUGUGUUCUACAACUGCGGGCGCAGGAAUGUGGCCUCACGCGCGCGGUGGGUGGAAGAGGCCGGUGCCGCAGAGGUGGUGGAGAGCAAGGGCAAGCUGUGGCUGACCACCGGCGUCACCCGGGGCGGCAAGCUGUGCUACAACGUCGAGGAGAUAGGCUAUGCAGGUUCUUGGUUGAAAGGGGUGCCUUGAUUUUUCUCAAUGACAAGGAUGAAACGAUAGGAACAGAAGCCAUUUAUGAAAAGAUUGUUGGAGGAAAAUAUGGGUGUUUCUGGGAUGCCUUCCAAGCUUAUAAGCACUUGAAAUCGCUUGGUUAUAUUGUUGGACGAUAUGGUGUCCCCUGGACGAUGAAGAAUAGCGGUACUUGUGAUACUACUGUUCCUCCCAGUGUGGUGCACACUGAUCAGAGCUUCAAUAGAGUUGACGGCACCUGCAGUAACAUAACCAAAUUGCUGAAGGAAAUGCACAUUGAUGAGAUAUCUCCAUCCUUUGAAGUGUAUUUGCCUAACAGCAAAUUUAAAAAAUCAUCCCCAGGCGCCCCUAGUUUCCUCUUAUGUCUGUUAAGGAAUAAGCCCCCCUCAAGGAUUGAAUUGGAAAUGGUGGAAAACAAUUUUGGGGGUAUUCCUCUCAAGUAUUGCCAUGUGGAUAAUGGGCGGGUCAGCUUUCUUUCAUUCGACAAAGUUGCUCUUCCAAGAUUGCCCUGAUGGAUGAUGUGUAGCAGGCAUAUUUGUUAGUGCUCCUUGUUGUCACCGAUCUUGUAAUUUACAUAGAAAUAGCGAGAUCUUCAUUCUGUGAGAUCUUUGCCUCACCAAUUAUUCUUGUUUGAAGCAUGGUUAGUUUUGUUUUUGUUUUGCUAGAUUACUGACUGCCUGAUACUACAUGAGAUGUUCCAUCUUGAGCUGAAUGAGUCUUGUUGAGAUACUGAUUUAUACCUGAUACUACAUGAGAUGUUC